AUGGGUGUUUGUGGUGUUACUGAUGGUAUCAGAGAAGCUGAAGACUGUGAGGGAUCAUUAGUGUUUUUAUUUUCGAUCCUAAAAUUAACAAUUUCUUCUAUAAUCUGUUUUAAUUUGGUUAUCGCUGGUAGGAAAUGGUAUAAUAAUGAUAAUACUAUGUUGGAGAUUGCUGAAAACUUGCCAGAAUUGUUGGAAACUAAUAAUGGAGGUGGUUAUGGUAGGAAUAAUAAUGGCGGCGCGGGUAGAAAUGGUUAUAACAAUAAUAGGAAUGGGUAUGGUAAUAAUAGGAAUGGAUACGGUAAUAAGAAUGGUUAUAACAACAAUAAUGGUAAAAAUCGCUUUAAACCAUAUUAA